UGAGAUGAUACCGUAUGGCGUAGAUACCGGUCUAUCAUGCGAUGCCCCACGCUCACCGCCCGGAAUAUUUUCGGCCUCCUCAUUCUUGAUAAUGGGAACCAGUUCAGACGAAUCAAGUGGAAGAGGAGAAGAAGAAGCAGGAGAAGCGGAAGAAGCGAAGAAGCAUAGGAAAGGCCGCUUUUGACACAUUUAGCUCUUACCAAUCAAAUGAAGUCUCGAACAAGCUGAAUCAUGGCUGCUUCUUCUAUUCAGCAUCCAGUAUCCUCGACUACGGUCUUCCUAGACCAACCGCCGAGCUGUCUUCAGUUCUGUCCCGGCUCGCCCGACUAUUUUGUUGUGGGCACAUAUCUCCUGUCCGAGUCCAAACGGGACGAUGGAGAGACGGAGCAGAAGAAGACAGGCAGUCUACAGUUGUGGAAGGUGAAUUGUACUUCAAAUGAACUAUCUCAAGUUCAACGACUGCCUCUCCCCCACGCGGUUUUCGACCUACAUUUUCACCCGAGGGAGCCUACGAUUUUUGCCAUCGCGACAAGUGCUGGCUCUAUCUCAUUAUUUAGCGUCUCCAAUUCCGACUCUACAUCUUCACAGCCGUGUAUCAGAGAGCUAUGGACCCUCUCGGUCCACGAAGACCCCUCUAUUCCAGCCCUAUUCCUGGCCUGGACCCCGCAACACUGGUUCUCUAGUAGCGCAAUGGAUGGCUUCGCCGUCACUUUUUCAGACGGCCGGACCACACUGUUCGGAACCACAGAACCGCUGGCCCAGGAGAAGAACACCGUUGCGGAGCUGGGCUCCUUUCAAGCCCGACAAGCUAUUGAAGUCUGGUUCGUUGCCACGGCCGCAUACAGCGAAUGCGAGGACGUGGAGACCAUUCAACCUUGCACCCCAUACAUGUUCACAGGGAACGACUUUGGAUCCCUGCACACUCGUCGAUUCGACUCGUGUUCUGCAGAAGAAAACGACGAGGACCUCUCGUCCCGUCUUGUUCUGGACCACGACGACCGUGCUCGCCACCAUACCGCCGGAGUCACUUCUAUCCUCCCGCUUCCUGUGCCGCUCCAGGAUGGAGCUCCGCUGAUCCUGACCGGAAGCUACGACGAAUCUCUACGGCUGUACCACGCUUCGCCGCGGGGCUCCGUUCUCGCAGAAACGUGCCUGGGGGGUGGCGUAUGGCGUCUCCAACUGUUAAGGUCGGAGAAAGUAUCUGCGUCUGAGUGGAUGUUCUUGGUUCUAGCCAGCUGCAUGCAUGCGGGGACGAGGUUGGUUCGGGUGACGAGAGCCAACGACGAGUGGACGAUGGAGGUGAUGGCGGAAUUCACAGAACACCAAAGUAUGAAUUACGCAUCGGACGUCUGGAAGGGGAAUGCAGAUGGGUCCAAUGAGCUGGUCGUUGUGUCGAGCAGUUUCUAUGACAAGAGAGUGUGUCUUUGGAGGGCACGGGAUCAAUAGAUCUAGGCUAUCUAUUCCUCUCUCUGCAUUGCGUAGAAGUAAAAAUAAAAUAGAACAGACUAAAUGGCCACACUAAUACUACUACAAAUCUUCCCUACGCUGUCACUUUCUCAUAAGCAUGAUUUAAUUGUCAUACGUAUACAGAAGACGCUGAACUAUGACCAGGGAUGCAGAGGCCAAGGGGGGGAAAGACAUGAAGAAACAGGAGUAGCAGCGAGGAACCGAGAAGACCUAUAAGGGAAGCCGUUGACAAGACCCUUGCCUCAGACAAUCGUCUCCAACUCGCGGGCGUAGCCUAUCGUGUUCUCAAUGAUGGUGCCGCUAGCAGCCAGGAUAUCCUUCUCGGACCGUGCAGCAGCCUCGGGCUCCACGGGGAAAUAUAUCCGGCCAUCGCGCAGAAUCCAGCCGCGUUGCUGGGCGAACUCGAUAACAGCACCUUCGGAUUCGAGAAAAAGGAGAUUCUUCGCGUUCGAGAUGGGAAGUGAGGGGUAGGCCU